AUGAGCCCCCCUCCAAGUACGCAGACACCUACACCGAGGAGAUUUCUUCUACCAAAAAGGGAUACACAGUCUUCUCAAACCCCGACAGCUCCACCGCGCUUUCAUUCAACUCCUCGCUUCGCCUCUUCUUCUGUUCCUAGGCCGACACAGGCAAGAACUGGCGUUGAUAUUGAGGAUGUUGAAGAAGUUGGAGAUCAUAGCCAGGAGACUUCCCAGCAUAGUGGUGACGAUGAGGACGAACAGCCCGUGCAUAAGAAACACGAUCCGCUCCAUGACUCUAUCGAAGUAGAGUCGGAUGAUGCGUUACCCUCGCAAAAUGGUAGCCUAGCCAUUUCAGAUCAUGAGUCAGAUACUCAAGAGCCAGGGUUCAUUGACCGUGAGAUGUCUACAUCUCCAAGUGCGCCUUAUCAAUCUUCACCUAUAGAAGAGAGGGAGGCGAAACGGCGACGGUUAUCAAUCUCGCCAAUGCUGGAGUUAAGUCCAAUAGAGGAAGAGGAGAACUACGCGCCCGGCGGUAUCCAGGAAGGGAUGCACCGGCGAGACCGCACACCAACCCAAGACUCGGCGCAAAGUAUUCAAGAUGCUAUACCUGUACACGAUGAGUCAAAAGCCCUCCAGCAACCAACUUUUCGCGCGCCACCGCGCUUUAAACCAAUCGAACUCGACCCCACCAUGGAAGGUCUUCCAGCAGCAUUCUCUCCUCAGCGUCGGGGAGCGAAGUACAUCGCUGGAGGACUCGCGGCUGAGCUCCAAGCAUGGCUUUCUGAGGUUAAGGGUUGGGAAGGUGUAGUACCCGCCACCACUUCCACAACAAAGGUGACUAUCGAAGAAAUCCGGCCAGGGCGGCGUAUGUACCUAGCCAGGGGUCGUACCAUCACCGCGGAAGGGAAGAGAUACAUGCUUGCAGGUGAGGGCAAACUGACAGGGCUCGGCCAAAGAAUGCAUGUGGGCGUUGGAAGUGUUGUCGAGGUGGGACAGCCAGUGUGGGAUAUUGAGUUAGAUGAGGAGACUUGGACGGUCGCAUGCGACUGGGGACGACUGCUUCAUGAAUAUGGCUGGCUCGUUGAGAGAAUUCCUGAGGUGGAAUGGACGGAAGCAGAGCUAGAACUUCGACUCGAGGAUUUGCUACUUGGGCUAUCUCAAAAGAGUGUAUCUAUCUUCAUAGACGCCCUUGGUGAGCAAAGGUCGGAUUUCAAACAUAUUAUACCACACAUUUGGAUCAACAACUCUCUUGAGCUAGUACCAGAGGACCAAAACCGCUCUAACGUUUCAGCUUGUGUGGACUUCGAGCAUGGUAUGCAGAUUUUGGCCGAGGAAUCUUUAUGGGAAGCCGAGAUAGCAAAAUGA